AUGGAUUGUCGCAAGCGCUUGAGCCGCGCCCAAAAGGCGGUUGGUAGUGAUGGCAAUAAAGAAAUCAACACCCAAGAACAUGUCAAAGAUAAAGACGGCAUAGGUGAGACGGAGAAGACAAAGGGAACAGAGGUUGAGGAGGCUGUAGCGGUUGAAGGUGAUAAAAAGGAUGAAGGAGACGAAGAGGACGACCCCGAAGAUCUCGAGAAAACAAUCAAGCUUAUUUCGCGGCUUAGAAAUCGCUUGGCUGAGUUCUUCCCCGUUCAUGGUCCAGAGCUUGAGCCGACGAUGCUCUUUCACGAUGAUUUGUCUCAACACAACAUACUGAUAAGCGAAGACGGAGCUCUGACGGCCGUUGUUGACUGGGAGUGUGUAUCGACUUUACCGCUCUGA